CAAGCUUCUGAGACACAAAAACAAAUUCAGUGAACAAAAGAACAAACCCCCACGGCGCAAGCGGGCACUGCCGUGACAGAUUUCGCAUCCCAAUACAACCCUACACUAUCUACUAGCAUGAAUAUCACAAAAGUGUGUUAUCCAGAAAAACAAAAUAUAAAGUCGGUUCGUUAAAAGAUAAGAAAAGAAGAUCCUGCGGUGCUGUAAGACGUCCAGAGCUUGUGUGAGAAUCCUGUAAAGGGAAACACGGCUACUUGUAGAGCAGGCUUUGAAUCAUUUCACGGAGGAGCUAAAGAGCACAGUGGCCGGCAACGGAAGGGAAAGACAAAGGCUAAAGACAAAGAGAAAGAUCAACAAGAAAGGAGGCAGCGAGCUGGGAGGCCAUGGCGCCGGCUGAUCUCCCUCCAGGCUUUAGGUUCCAUCCAACUGACGAGGAGCUUGUGAACUAUUACCUGAAGAGGAAGGUUCAUGGACUCAGCAUCGAGCUCGACAUAAUCCCUGAAGUAGAUCUCUACAAAUGUGAGCCUUGGGAGCUGGCAGAGAAAUCAUUGCUGCCUAGCAGAGACCCCGAGUGGUACUUCUUUGGGCCAAGGGAUAGGAAGUAUCCAAAUGGAUGCCGCACAAACCGUGCAACCCAAGCAGGAUACUGGAAAUCAACAGGCAAAGAUCGGCGAGUCAACUACCAGAACAGACCAAUUGGCAUGAAGAAGACUUUGGUCUACUACAAGGGUCGAGCUCCUCAGGGACUCAGGACCAACUGGGUGAUGCAUGAGUACCGCAUCGAGGAAAGCGAAUGCGAGAACACCAUGGGGUUUCAGGAUUCCUACGCUCUGUGUCGGGUAUUCAAGAAAAAUGUGGCAUUCGGAGAGCUUCAGAAGCAAAAGCAAGGCGAGUGCAGCUCAUCACAAGCUAAGGAAAAACAAAAACACUUUACGAACGUUGGGGAUGCUGGACAGUCAAGUGGUUCAAAUGAGCAUGGUAAAGACAACUCUUGGUUGCAGUUCAUAUCUGAUGAUGUGUGGUGCAACAAAACAAAAUGAUGGAAUAGACAAGACGGUUAACUUCAUCUAACUAGAAACUUCAAUAUCAGUUGCACUUUGACUCUUUGUAUAUGUUUGAUAACACCACUUCUCACUUUGGAGUUUGGACAGGAUGACCACCUAAGUUUGGACUCUUGACUCUUCAUGUAGAGUUGUACUGUAAUAGAAAAACAUCCUGCUUUGAUACUUCAAGGUUCGGUUUUCCUAUGUAUCUAUCAUUAAACACAGUCAUUUAUAUAGUGAAAGAAAAGUAAGAUGCAAAGGCAGAAAUUUAAUUUGACAAACAUUA